GUCACUUCCGGGGCGGAGGAGGCUGAGUGGUGCAGUGAGGGACAAACAAAAGGAGGCGCCGGAGGGGCGCAGCGGCUGGCGGCGGGACAGAGCGGCAGGGGCUCGGGGCUGCCGGCUGGGCGGCCGCGCGCGGCGGGCCCAGGGAGGCAGCUUCCAUGGAGCAAAAGGAAUGCCAGGACCCUGCCCAGACAGACGUGGGCCAGCCUCAGCACCGACAGCCAACUCGCAGAUAGCAGAGCCUUCCGCAGGGUUCUCGGGCUUCGGGGUGCUUCAGAGUCUCCCGAGAGCUUGUUCAAAAUGCUGGUUCCCCUGGACCCAUCACCGCAGCCCUGCAGAGUCCAAGUUGGGGGGUGGGCCUAGGAACCUGCACUUUGAAGACACUCUGCAGGCCGUGGUGAGGCUGGGGGUCUUCCGACUGUGCCGGCCAACACUGACCAGCGCGACUCUGUCGGCGCCGGUCCCCACCAGCUGCCGCCAGAAGGGUCGCCCUCGGUGUAGAAGCGGGGCUGGGCUCCCUCAGGCCCUGGAUAUCCGUGUGUAUGUGCGAGCGGAUGAGGUUUCUAGAACAGCUCUUACACCCAGCCACAAACAUCUCCCUGUGCGCUUUCCCGACGCGUUUCUACUGCAUCUCACAUCUCGUAAAAAGUUCUUUGUUUAACUGUCUCUUGAGGACGUAAAACCUCAAAAUUAAAUAGACACUGCGCUACAGCCUCAUGCCAGGAGCCAUGUUCCACUGGAGUAAAAGUGGCUGUAAAAUUCCAUGGCUCUCACAUGGCACCUGGGCACCCUCAGAGGCGCCACUGCCAACCUCAUGCCCCCGGCAGAGUUGACCUGUUGGCAAACGUGCUGACCGGGUGGGACGGCAUAGGAAUCCUUCUGUCACAUCUCCCGGCUGGUGGCCUGGGUCGGGAUCCCUGGGGGCAGCCCCCCACCAGCCCAGAGAGCCAGGCGACAGACGGCUUACCCUCGGCCAGGCCCCCUUGGUCCCAAUCCCCUUGGAUCUCAGCAGAUGAGUCUGCGGCCUCCCGUGGGCGCUCCUGCCCACUUUUCGUGCGCUGUCCAGGAAAGCGGCGCUGGUGUUCAAAGCAGAUCGAGGCCUGUCUUCAAGGCCCUUCUGCCCGCCAUGGGCCCAGACCCAGCACCUGGCUUCCGGGCUCAAACCCAGAGCUGGGCUCCCCCACCAAAGUUUCCUGAGUAUGGCCUGCUAGAGUUCCCUGCAGAGACCUUGAUUCCAUGUACCCCUCCGGAAAUGGGGGUCUUGUCCCAGGAAGCAUUUCCAGGGUUCUCUGGGUGCCCAGGUAGGUCCAGGAGACCUGCUGGCCUUUGAGACAGGUGGGCACAAUGGAAAGGCAGACCUGGGUGAUCUUCCCCACCAUCUUCUUCUAGCUGUGUGGCCUUGGGCAGGUCAGUUAACCUCUCUGGGCCUCAGAUUUCACACCCCUAAAGGGACUGAUACCAUCCCAUGAUGGUAACAGCAGCUGACGUUACAGAGGCUUACUGCGUGGCAGGCCCUGAGCCAAAAGCUUUCUAUGGACCGCCUCAUUCAGUCCUCACCACCGCCCUACCAGGAAUAGACUCAGUGGCCACUUCAUGGAUGAGGAAACCAGAGCCCUGGGAGGGAAGUGACUUUCCCAAGGUCACAUGCUGGUGAAAUGGGGAGCCGCCGUACCUGUGUUUCUGGAAAUUGGGGGCCGAGGCCCAGGAAGUACCAGGCGCAGUGCUGGCACAUAGUCCACGUCAGUGACCCGGAGCUCAUGUCAGUAACACGUCAGCCUGGUGGGGUGAGGGGACGGCCUGAGCCUCAGGCCUGGGCUGUUGCCUGUGAGUGCUUGGCUCGGGGAGCCAUGGCCGCAAGCCCCAGGUGGGUGUCCUUCACCUGUCACCCUCCCCCCCCACCAGGCCGCCUGUACCCUUGCAAGUUUGCAUGAGAAGCAUGAGGACCAACCUGUUUGGGAGGCCCAGCCCACAUGGAGAGGAGUUUGGAACGGAAACUUGUUCCCUCCCCCCUCCCACCCUGGGCGUCUCCCCUCUUCUUUCCCGGGAAAGUGAGGGUGUGCCCUUCUACGCAGGGUGCACGGAGCCAGGUGGUGCCCCAAGCCUGCACUCUCCCCGGCUGGGUGUGGGGACCUCCAGGGCAGUGCCCGUGCUGGGGCGGGUGCGGGCCGUGUGCACCAGAGCGGGCCCUCUCCUCCCCUCCUGCUCUGGGACAGAAGAGGCCCCAGGGUGCUGACCGAGGAGCAGAUUCACAGGCCCAGAGCACUCCCAGGACAAGACCUGUGACCCAGUGUCUUCCUCCAGCCUCUUGGGUGUGGCCCUUCCCCCUUCCCUGGGAGAGCCUUGGAGGGACAGCCUCCCCAAGGUUGAACCAUGAUUCCGGUGACAGAGCUACGCUACUUUGCGGACACGCAGCCAGCGUACCGGAUCCUGAAGCCGUGGUGGGACGUGUUCACCGACUACAUCUCCAUCGUCAUGCUGAUGAUCGCGGUUUUUGGCGGCACGCUGCAGGUCACCCAGGACAAGAUGAUCUGCCUGCCGUGUAAGUGGGUCACCAAGGACUCCUGCAAUGACUCGUUCCGGGGCUGGGUGGCCCCCGGCCCAGAGCCCCGCUACCCCAACUCCACCAUCUUGCCGACCCCCGACACUGGCCCCACGGGCAUCAAGUAUGACCUGGACCGGCACCAGUACAACUAUGUGGACGCUGUGUGCUACGAGAACCGCCUGCACUGGUUCGCCAAGUACUUCCCCUACCUGGUGCUUCUGCACACACUCAUCUUCCUGGCCUGCAGCAACUUCUGGUUCAAGUUCCCUCGCACCAGCUCGAAGCUGGAGCAUUUUGUGUCCAUCCUGCUCAAGUGCUUCGACUCGCCCUGGACCACGCGAGCCCUGUCGGAGACGGUGGUGGAGGAGAGCGACCCCAAGCCGGCCUUCAGCAAGAUGAACGGCUCCAUGGACAAGAAGUCGUCGACGGUCAGCGAGGACGUGGAGGCCACUGUGCCCAUGCUGCAGCGAACCAAGUCUCGGAUCGAGCAGGGCAUUGUGGACCGCUCGGAGACGGGCGUGCUGGACAAGAAGGAGGGGGAACAGGCCAAGGCGCUGUUCGAGAAGGUGAAGAAGUUCCGGACCCACGUGGAGGAGGGGGACAUCGUGUACCGUCUCUACAUGCGGCAGACCAUCAUCAAGGUGAUCAAAUUCAUCCUCAUCAUCUGCUACACUGUCUACUACGUGCACAACAUCAAGUUCGACGUGGACUGCACCGUGGACAUCGAGAGCCUGACGGGCUACCGCACGUACCGGUGCGCCCACCCGCUGGCCACGCUCUUCAAGAUCCUGGCCUCAUUCUACAUCAGCCUGGUCAUCUUCUAUGGCCUCAUCUGCAUGUACACGCUCUGGUGGAUGCUCCGGCGCUCCCUCAAGAAGUACUCGUUCGAGUCCAUCCGCGAGGAGAGCAGCUACAGCGACAUCCCCGACGUCAAGAACGACUUCGCCUUCAUGCUGCACCUCAUCGACCAGUACGACCCGCUCUACUCCAAGCGCUUUGCCGUCUUCCUGUCGGAGGUGAGUGAGAACAAGCUGCGGCAGCUGAACCUCAACAACGAGUGGACGCUGGACAAACUGCGGCAGCGGCUCACCAAGAACGCGCAGGACAAGCUGGAGCUGCACCUGUUCAUGCUCAGCGGCAUCCCCGACACCGUGUUCGACCUGGUGGAGCUGGAGGUGCUGAAGCUGGAGCUGAUCCCCGACGUGACCAUCCCGCCCAGCAUCGCGCAGCUCACGGGCCUCAAGGAGCUGUGGCUGUACCACACGGCCGCCAAGAUCGAGGCGCCCGCCCUGGCCUUCCUGCGCGAGAACCUGCGGGCGCUGCACAUCAAGUUCACGGACAUCAAGGAGAUCCCGCUGUGGAUCUACAGCCUGAAGACGCUGGAGGAGCUGCAUCUGACAGGCAACCUGAGCGCGGAGAACAACCGCUACAUCGUCAUCGACGGGCUGCGCGAGCUCAAGCGGCUCAAGGUGCUGCGGCUCAAGAGCAACCUGAGCAAGCUGCCACAGGUGGUCACGGACGUGGGCGUGCACCUGCAGAAGCUGUCCAUCAACAACGAGGGCACCAAGCUCAUCGUGCUCAACAGCCUCAAGAAGAUGGCCAACCUGACGGAGCUGGAGCUGAUCCGCUGCGACCUGGAGCGGAUCCCCCACUCCAUCUUCAGCCUCCACAACCUGCAGGAGAUCGACCUCAAGGACAACAACCUCAAGACCAUCGAGGAGAUCAUCAGCUUCCAGCACCUGCACCGCCUCACCUGCCUUAAGCUGUGGUACAACCACAUCGCCUACAUCCCCAUCCAGAUCGGCAACCUCACCAACCUCGAGCGCCUCUACCUGAACCGCAACAAGAUCGAGAAGAUCCCCACGCAGCUCUUCUACUGCCGCAAGCUGCGCUACCUGGACCUCAGCCACAACAACCUGACCUUCCUUCCGGCUGACAUCGGCCUCCUGCAGAACCUGCAGAACCUGGCCGUCACGGCCAACCGGAUCGAGGCGCUGCCCCCGGAGCUCUUCCAGUGCCGGAAGCUGCGGGCCCUGCACCUGGGCAACAACGUCCUGCAGUCACUGCCCUCACGGGUGGGCGAGCUGACCAGCCUGACCCAGAUCGAGCUGCGGGGCAACCGGCUGGAGUGCCUGCCCGUGGAGCUGGGCGAGUGCCCGCUGCUCAAGCGCAGCGGCCUGGUGGUGGAGGAGGACCUAUUCAACACUCUGCCUCCCGAGGUGAAGGAGCGGCUCUGGAGGGCUGACAAGGAGCAGGCCUGAGCCAGCACGGGCACUGAGCACGGGCCGCCCAGAACAGCCAGCAGCGGGGCCUCCAGGGAGGCUUCAGGCCCGGGAGCCCAGGAGACUCUGACUGAAGACCCGCCCAGCCUCUCAGUGGGGGCGGGGCAGGAGCUGGGCCACAGGACCGCCCCUGAGGGGCUGGCCCCUUUCUCCUCAAGACUCACGCCCCCACGGGGCAGGCGCCUGAGGGGGAGAUCAGAGACCUGUAGUCCAUCUCUGAGCACAGUAUUUGGACAAUCAGGGCCUCCUCCCUGGAGGCCAUCUCUGCCCCAGAGGCUGAGCUGACACCAGAGGUCCAGGGACACCUACUUAGUUCUUGGUAUUUAUUUUCUCCGCCUCCCACCCCCUCCCUCCAGAUAACUUAUACAUUCCCAAGAAAGUUCAGUUCCGAUGGGGGGUGUCUGAGGAAGGGUGGGCUGCGUUUCCCUUUUCCUUUUUUUGGUGGUUUCAAAACCAUUUAGGGCCCACCCAGCCUUGAGCUGAGCGGUCCAGGGUGAACCAGCUGUGGGACGGUCACCCCAGAGGUGCCAGCUGGGCUCUGGUGGCACGGCCCGUGGGAAAGCAGGCCACCAGGCGGAGAGGCCAGGCCUGGGGUUUGCCGCAGCAGUUUAGAUUUUUUUUAAGUAAAAAAAAUAAAUAAAAAAAAAAUUUUUUUAAGCUCUAAAAAUUGAUGGUUUGGGUAU